AUGUUUCUGUCUUGGAAGACCAUGUCCAAGUCCCUGAAGAAGAUCGUGGAGGAGAGCAGGGAGAAGAACCAGCCCGAGGUGGACAUGUGCGACCGCAGCAUCUCCAGCAUGCUGGACGUGCCCGGCCUGUUUACGCUGUCUCACAUCACACAGCUGGUUCUGAGUCACAACAAGCUUACAACUGUGCCAGCAAACAUCGCAGACCUGAGAAACAUAGAAGUGCUCAACUUUUUCAACAACCAGAUUGAGGAGCUGCCUACACAGAUAAGCAGCCUUCAGAAGCUGAAACACCUGAACCUUGGCAUGAACAGGUUAAACACCUUGCCAAGGGGAUUUGGCUCUUUACCAGCCCUAGAAGUUCUUGACUUGACUUACAACAACUUAAAUGAAAAUUCCCUACCAGGAAACUUCUUCUAUCUGACCACCCUUCGUGCACUCUAUCUAAGUGACAACGAUUUUGAAAUCCUGCCGCCAGAUAUUGGGAAGCUCACAAAGUUGCAGAUACUGAGUCUUAGAGACAAUGACCUGAUAUCACUGCCUAAAGAAAUUGGUGAGCUCACCCAGCUUAAGGAACUGCAUAUCCAGGGAAAUCGUCUGACUGUGCUGCCCCCAGAACUGGGUAAUUUGGAUCUGACCGGUCAAAAACAAGUCUUCAAAGCUGAGAACAAUCCCUGGGUUACACCUAUUGCUGAUCAGUUCCAGCUGGGAGUGUCGCAUGUUUUUGAAUACAUUCGUUCAGAGACAUAUAAAUAUCUUUAUGGCAGACACAUGCAGGCUAACCCUGAACCUCCAAAGAAGAACAAUGACAAGUCAAAGAAGAUCAGCCGUAAACCUCUGGCAGCCAAGAACAAAUAAGUGCCCGACUUCUGCCUCUAUUUUACAUCUGUUGCAUUGCUUUUGCUUGUGCCCACAAUAUUUCUACACAUCUCCUAUUACAUAUAAGAAGGCAGGGAUUAGAAUUAAAUGCAAUUUACUAUGUAUAAUGCUUUAGAAGAUACUGCUAGAGGGAAACAAAAUUACAUAUCCUCCUAACUAUGGUCACAUUUAUGUAGCCAUUUGAUAUACCACUGUCAGACAUGCUUUAGCUUUUCUAUUUAUAUAUAUAUUAAUACCCUCUUUUCACAUGUCGCAUCCUGUUAAAAUUGGGGAGUUUGCACUUAUACUGUACUGAAUUUCAUAUGAUACUCCAAGUGAUUUUAAUA